AUGUCUAAAAGUACGCUGAAGGCUUUGCUAAAACGUGAACGGCAGUUAUAUGUCAUUUUUGAUGGUACGGAUAGAUUCAUCCAAACCUAUCAGAUUGAUAGUGAUCGGUGUCAAUUAAGUUCGAGAUUGCAUGUGAUUGAUACUGUGUACAGUGAGUUUUUUGAAAUACGGAGCAAAAUUGAACUUUUGCUGGAUGAAGCGGAUGAGAAAGAACAGAAAGAUGCUGACAGCGAAGUCAAAGGAGAGAUUGCCAAGCAACGUGAAGAGGAAAACGACAAGGUUCUACAGCAAUUCGAUGACCGAUACUUCGCCAUCCGAGGUGACCUCCUUAGACUCCAAGGUGAUAAGGAUGCCUUAGGUGUGAACACAACCAGCAACAGUCAGAGUCAGUCUGCGUCAGGGAAUACUUCAAGAGUAAAGCUGCCAGAGAUACGUUUGCCGUCCUUCAGUGGAAAAAUAAGAGAGUGGAUUACAUUCCGGGAUUCCUUUCGAAGCCUUAUCCAUGACAACGAGCAUCUGACGUCAAUGGAUAAGUUUACAUACCUUCGUUCCUCUCUACAGGGUGAUGCACUUAAGGAAAUCAACAACAUUGAGCUUUCAGAGGCAAACUACGACGUCGCCUGGAAAACUUUGCAAGUUCGUUAUGAAAAUAAGAAGCUGAUUGUGAAGGCUCAUCUCGACGCUCUUUUCGCCCUCGAACCGCUUAAAAAGGAGAAUUAUGACGGUCUGAACUUCCUCAUCAGCGAGUUUGAGAAAAACUUGAUGAUGUUACAGAAAAUCGGAGAGCCAACGGAGUCUUGGAGCACAAUAUUAGUCUACAUGUUGUGUUCUAGACUAGAUUCUGCAACAUUGCGCCAAUGGGAGACGCAUUACGGGUCUAAGGAGGUCCCAACGUACGAUGAGCUGCUUCUGUUCUUGCAAGGUCACUGCUCUGUUCUCCAAUCAAUCACCUCUGCAAGAAAUCCACCAUCCGAAGCCCGUCAGACGAGAUCAACAGUUUGUAAUACAACCAUCAGAUCAGUUUCACGUUGUCCGUUCUGUGCAGAUCCAUGGCACUCACCGUUCCAGUGUGGCAAAUUUCAACGGAUGAAGGUUCCCGAGCGAAUGGAUGCUGCCAUUCGAAACAAGUUGUGUCGGAAUUGUUUGAUGCCAGGCCACUUCUACCGAAAUUGUGAACGAGCCGCAGUUUUCGGCACAAUACCGACAGCAGAGUCAAACGCGUUCGGCGCAACAAAUACCGUUUCAACCGCAACCGCAGCCAAUGAAUCAACAGCAACAACACAACUCAAGACCAGUACAGCAUGCGCACACCACUACACAGCAUGCACAAACCCACUCACACAACACAAACACAAAUCCAGACAACGCACAAGCCACCACAAGUCAGAAUUACGUAGCACUUCCGUUUACACCGUCUCGUAA